UAGAAACAAUCUGAGUUCCAUUCAAAUCUGUUCGAAUGAAUUGUUCCCUUCCAUGUCCGCACUCCGCACGUUUCUUGUGUACAAACGUUCAGUACCUUACCUUCACUACCGUGUGAAGGUACCCAAAACGAUUGUCGAGCUACUUGUGAUACAACACAUGCUGAAUGCGGCAGUUGUAAUGGCGGUUAUUAGAUAAAUUGUUAUCCCAGACGUCAAAUAUUUAAAGAAAGUAAUGCACUUUCGUUACAUUUUCGCAUAAUUUUAAGGUGUUCUUGACCGUAAAAUACAAUACACUUUAUGCCUUCAAUAUUAACGUCCACAAUGUCAGAACAAGAUGAGCACACUUUGAAGGAAGCAGGUUCGCAGCAAAUAAAAUUGGAAAAACUCAAUAAAGAGCAAACGAAAGAUGCGGAAAUAUCAAUGAAUGUUGAUUCAAUUAAUUCAUCAAGAAAUGUGAUGAUGGAACAGAAAGCGUCUAUUGCAUAGUAUCUUCGGAAGAUGAAACUACUCAUUCUUAUAAUGACGAGGAUGACGACAGAUACAUCGAUAAUGAAGAUAUGGAUGAAGCAGAUAGACACAGAAAUGCAGUGUUAAAGGAUGAAGGAAAUGACGAUUAUGAAGAACAUCGUUUAAGAGCACGUGUUCAUGACAGUGACGAUACUGAUAGUGAAUAUGAGAGAGACUGCUUUGAUAGGGCAUCUGACGAUUUUAUCUUAAGUAAGAGUUUAAAGCAGCACCACAAAGAACAAAGUUUAUCAUUACAAGAUUUGAGCAAUCCUAAACACAAUAUCCGUACACAAUAUAAUAAACGAAAGCAAGGCCUUAUCUUCAAACGAAAAUAUUCAAAUUUGCAACCAAAUUUAGUAGCAUAUUCUAAUAUUCAUAGAACGAUACCGCUUAAAUAUCGGCGUAUAGAAAAUAAAGAAAGAAGCAUGAUUAAAGAACAAGGUAACCAAUUUAGAGGUAAAAAUAUGAAGAAUCAAGAAUCAACAAUGAAUAAAAACUAUGAGAAGGAAGAAGAUAACGACGUUGAUCAGUUAGAUGCACCAAGUGAAACGAUAAAAGUUAAUAUAGAUUUAGCUGUUAAUGAACCACAGACAGAAGAAACACAGACUGCUAAUUUAAUUUAUAAUACAGUGGAGAUUGUCGAAAAUUAUGAAAACAAUCGAUUACCUGAUAGGAUAAUUGAAAAUGGAUACGUGAAUACUGAAGAUAUUCAAUAUAAUCACAUACAGAAUGAAAAAUAUGUGGAAAAUUCUGAUGACAAAUUGGAACACGUAAAUGAACCUAUAGAUGUUAGUAUGCAGAUGGAAUGUAAUGAUGCAGAAGUGGUAGAAGCACAUGAAAUUGCUAACACUGACACAAGUUGUAACUUAAAAAUUACAAAUGUUAAAAGCAUCCGUCUAACUCGAGACGAAUCAGAGAAUUUCAGUUUUCCAAAGAAUAACGCGGUUGAUAGAUUGAACGCUGAGCUCACCGAAUUGAAAACUCAACUUAGACAAUUUCAUCAAAAAAGAUUAACGGAAAACAUAAAAAUGCAACAGGAAAUAGAUGGUUUAAAAAAAUCUUUGUCAAAAUAUGAAGAUGAAUCUCAAACGUGUGAAACAAAGGAUACCAUAGCAAAUGGUAUGAUUAUCGAAACUACUUCGAAACAAGACAUUGUAGCGUCAGAACAGCUAAACAAUCAAAAUGAGAAUAUAAUAGAGACCGAUGAAAUAAUGAAAAUGUCCACAAGCCGUAUGGAGCCUGGUAUAAGUUACACUAACGAGGCAGAGGCUGUUCACAAUUCAGCUAAAUCUACUGAAUCGACUAAUUCAACUUCAUUUCUUAACACUGAAGAUAAUAUUGCUACUAGUACAACUUCCAAAAAAUUGACAACGCUAUCACCAACCUUCGUCACUUCAACACGAAUUUUGCAAACACUUUCAAAUAUAAUGCAAGGUCAAGUUGAAGGUUGUCUACCCAACAAUACUAACAAAUGUUUAAAUGAAAAUUCCAUACAAAGUCAAAAUCAGAAAUCUGAUUCCCCAAUCAUUACGAGUUCUAAGAAAAGAAAAGCGGAAGUGCUUGGUAUUCCUAGUUAUGCUCCGCACUUUAAAAUACCUAAUACAAAUACAGAAUUCGAAAACAAAAAUAUUAUUAAUACGACUGAUGUGAAACUUGAAUAUUCUGUAGAAGAUACAAAUACAAAACCAAAACAAGAAGAUGAUAAAAUGCUUAUUGAUAGAACUACGGAUGAUUCUAUAUGUAUGGAAACUAAGGUGGAAUACGUGAAUAAUCCCGAAGAUAGUGUAAAGUAUUUUGUAUGCAAAAAUACCAAUAGUAUUGGAAAUGGCAGUUUCUUGAUUCAAGCAGAAGAACCAGUAAAAGAUCUGGAAAAUGAAAAAAAUCGUAUUCAAGAAUGUGGUCCGUUUUUAUUGGGUAAUCUUGAAGUAAGAAUGUCUGAAGUAAAUGGUAAAGUCAAUAUUUGGGGUAAGAAAAUUAACCAAGAAUCUGAUAGCGAUAACGAGGUCGAUUUAGAACUAUCUGAAAAAUUAUCACAGAGAAAAGCAUGUUGGUGUGAUACGUCCCAAACUAAAUUUAAUAAAAGUCCACUUGUGUGUUCAACGAACAAGAAGAAAAAAAUUCCAUCAAGAUUCAACAAAUCUAACAUUUCUCAGUGUUGUAACUUACACUUAAAUUCAAUAAAUGCAUCAUUAUUGGAAAGUAUAGAUGAUAAAAGGUACGCGCAUUCUUCCAAACGAAUGUCUUGUGAGAGUUGCAGUUCAUCAAAAUGUGACAACAGUUCGCCAAGAUGCAACCAUACUUCAAGCUUACCAGAAAGAAUACAUUCCUGUUGCAAUCAUCAUACCCAAACUACAAAUAAAGUUUGUAAUUGUAAGUCUUAUCGAAAGAAACGAUCACUCGACGUUAGUUGUAAAUGUUGCAAAGAUAAGUUUCAUAGCGUAGGAAUACAACAAGAUUUAUGCAAAGGUGCACAUAUGUCAAACUCAAAAUCACCUUCAGGCUGCAUAAAUCAUCAAAUGGCAUGCAAUACAUCCAGUCAAAAAUGUUACGAAGUUCCUCUGAAACGAUCUACUGAAACUGCCGAAAUGAAGAAACAAAAAUUGACUGGUGAAAGGGUACGAAGAAUCCUUACGGAUUUCUUAACAGCACAUGAAGGUGGCCGUGAUAUCAGCGCUACUGGUUCAAACGAAAAUAGGUUCCAACAAAAAGAAUCGUCUCGUAGACUGAAUGAUCCUCAACAAAUAAAAAGUUCCACUUCUACACAAGACAAUGAUAGAUACUGUCGUACGUGUGAAUCUCAGAUGGCGGCUCAACUUGGAAAAUUAGAAAUGAGUAUGGGAAGAGUACAAUCCCGAUUAGAUGCACUUGUAGAUAUGCUCAAUAAGCCUCGACCUACGGAUGUAAACUAACAGAAUUUCUACAAUGUCUUUUGGCCGUGUACAGAUCAUUCUUUUCAUUACUUUAUAACUCGUUACAUAAGUAAUUUCGUUACGUAUGGUUUAUUCAACAAAAUAAUUGUACCGCAUUUAAGUUACAAGAUUAAUCGUAGAAAUACUAGAUACUUUAUUUCACUUCAUAUAAGGUAUACGUGACCAAUUUUAUUAAAGUAAAUUGGACUAAUACAUAAAAGAUAGUGUACUAAGCACGUCAUUUGUCACUAUAACGAUUCAAUUUGUACGAAAGUGAUCAUCGUAUUUACAUAUGACUUAUUUUACACGAGCGUACAAAAAAUUUACGUUUUAUAAAUUAAAUUUAUCUGUAGAUAAAUUACAAUAUGACUAGAAAUUUUGUUUGCAACGAUAGACCUUAAAGGAUAAUUUAAGUGCUUU